AUGUCGACUCUUCCCCGCGACACCAAAUACGGCCGCCUGGUAGGCACCGAUCGCGCCGGCAACAAAUUCUUUGAAAACAUGGAAGAAUUACCCCUCCGCACGCGCUGGGUCGAAUACGCCAAGCACGACUACGACGCCGCCCAGAUCGAACCUGGCUGGCACGCAUGGAUCUCGUACUCUGUGGACAAGCCGCCCACCGAGGAUGCGUUGAUCGCUACAGGCUUGAGGAAGUUCGAGAAGCCGUAUCCCAUCCCAAAUUAUACUCAGACUAGGGGCGCGUUCAAGACGUACAGCACGACCAAGCCCAAGAUUUCAGCAUGGGAGCCCGUUGCUGCGCAGAGGACGUGA